UGUAAAUAAAUAAAAGCUUAGUACUAACUAAGCACCCUACCGGUAUGCUUGUCUUGUCCAUACAUACAUAUUGUAGUGCUCGAGCUGGCUAGCUGUCAUCUGUGCAUACCGUACGAGCUACUAGCUAGUACAUGUACUAGCUAGCUAGUACCGGUACUUCAGGAUGCUCGACACGAGCCAGGAAGGGUCCACAUUUUCGUCAGCGUUCUCCCACAGUAAAGCUUGGUGCCAAACAGCUGUGCCAUUCAAUUCAACCAAACCAAAGAAGAGAAGCCCAAAGCCUUCUCACACUUGGCUUCAGUGACAGCACUUGAAAAUACGGCGACACACAGUACUAAAGGCGUCGAAGGCGAAGAAGCGUCAAAGGAUACGAAGCGAGCUCAUUUUAUUUCAUUCGUACCGUACUAUACCACCAUAGCAAACUGCAACAGAGAAGCUUUUGCAGAACAAUCAAGACAAGACGAAAGGACCAACAGAGGCACUACUCGUCGAAGAGAUCGAGGUUUUUCCUUGGGAGGUUCCAUCUAUCAGAUCUUUGGAUCGGCAUUUGUUUUUGACUGCCAGUCUUCUACUUACGUUUGGGCCAGCAGAGAAUGAAUUGAAGCAUGACGGGUCCUUACACCCACGUAUACGAGCUCCAUCACCUGUAUCAGCAGCAGCAUCAACAGCUGUCUUCCUCUCCUUCCGAGAAUGGCGUGACGACUAAUACUACUUCCUUCCAAAGAUCCAAUCGCACGACAAUCGACGCUACUUAUCAAUUAUGGAGAUGGCCUCCUUCCCACAUGAUGGUCGUUCUGGCCUUGUCCAUGUCAGUAUGGAUCUUUGGAAUUGUCCUGGAUAAUCAGUCACAAGCAGAGGCUCAUUUCUUCCCUACCGAUGUCGACUGCGACAACAACAAGACUACUGGCCGUGUUCAUUUUGCCUUUUCCAGAUGGUCCGAGGAAGAUUGCGACUUGGACGAAGGCUGCUUCUCAGCGACAGAUUCGCCGAUGACACAGUCACCAACAGCAGCAACUUUGAACAGGCCAUCGAAUGAUUUCAAUCUCAAUCUUAAAAUGGUUGGGUCUGCGACCAAUAAGGAUGCCAACAAGGGGGCAUCCACACCUUCUGCCACAUUCUGGCAAUCACCGCUGGUCCCAAGUUUUGCCCAUGUACGUGGUGCCCAGGAAGAGUCGGAAAGCUCAUCUCAAAAUCAACAACAACAACAACAGCAACAACAACCACCAUCAGAGCCACAAGUCUAUGGUUGGACGCCUGACUUGUAUCCGAAUCCACUCUUGGAUCCUGUACGAUGUUCGAUCGCAUUCUUGCCUGAAGAGCAACAAGCUAUAGCCAAGCGGCAUCAUGGCAUAGAUGAAGGCAACGACGACGAGGAUGAUCCAUUACGGCUCUGCGACCCGGAUUGGGUCCUCGGCGGAAUUGGAAUGGAACGGAUCGCAUUUGCACUCCGAAAUUUCUCCAGUGUUUUCUCACAACCAGAUUGGGAUGUCACUGUGGCCAGUGUGGAUGCAUCGCUGCCUCCAGCCGUGGAGAAUGACCAGGUUGCCGACAAUGCAACGUUGCCGCUUCCAACUCAAGAGGAAAUUGACCGUGUAAUGCUGCCAUUUCCGCAAGUGCAAUUGGGGGUUGCGACUGUUCGAAAGAUGAACUUACCGGCUGUUCUCCGAGAGGGUUCUUACUACGUCUACGAAGACGAAGAUGAUAUGGUAAAUGACGCUGCACAAAUAUUUGCUAGAACUCUGCAUGAUACCUGGUGGGCCGCCAGUGAAGAGGACUGCUAUCAAAAUACCGUCAAAGAUCAAAUGGACUUGUGCAAGAGAAACAACGGGGACUAUGGUAUACUCAUAUUCUUGUCCGUUCAGGACCGAGUUUGUUUUAUAUCUACUGGCAGCGAGAUUGCCUCGAUAUUGCCUUGGUGGCGUCUGGAACAUAUUGUCGCUGGCAUGAAGCCUGAUCUACGACACAGGGACUAUGGAAAUGCACUCCUCAGAUCCAUUGAAAAUCUUUCGGCAAUGCUGGAGGCUGGCCCCCCUACAAUGAGUGACCGUCUCCAUGAUUUUAUUAGUCGGUUCGGGGUGGUCAUUGCCUUUGCAUUGUUCACAUUCUUCUUUGGAGCUUGGGGCGAGUACCGAGACAGACGCAAACGAUGGCAGUAUGCCGAAUCGAGGAGUAAAUUGUCCGGCGUGGAGAAAGAAAAGGCCCGUUUGCUACAAAAGAAAUACAACACUCGAAGUUGCCCCAUUUGCUUGGAACCGUUCGAUGAGGGAGAUCUGGAGGAAGCAGACGCAAGUACCGGUAGUGUCGUUGAUCAAGACGACGACGACGAAGAGUCUGCACCUCUGGCGAAACACGGCAAUUACAAUGAUGAUGACGACGAUGUCAAGAAACCCGCCAUCAGUGGGAUGAGACGGGUUGACAGCUAUGGGAUUCCUCUGGUGGGGUGUGACGGUCGUAAGAUCAAGAUGCUUCGAUGUGGCCAUAUCUUUUGUGACACCUGCUGGAAGACAUUUGCACACUCGGGGUGUGGCAAUCCUUGUAUCUGCCCGGUCUGUCGACAAGAUGUGGGAAAGCCUCCACGGAAACCAGGUGCGCCGGGACAAGGCGAUGCUUCUUCUGGUGAAGCAACCUCGGGUGAAUCGCCGUCUGCUUCUGCACCUCCUGCUCCGAGUGCUUCUGGGACUGAGACAACCACUGAGACAAGCGGUCAGGAUCCUCCAGCGACUUCUUUUCCUACGUACGAUUCUAUAAGCAUUGCCAACGGUGGGUCCCAGGUAGUAUUCAUGCAACUUGAACGAAAUCCGUGGGCUGACAUCGGCAGGGAACCAUACGCAGUUCGAUUUCUGAGGAGAUCCAGCGGGUCGGUGUCUACCAGUGGAACCAAUACCGAAUCCACUUCUCUCCUGAGACCGGACCCUUCGACUUGAUUUGAAAUAGCUAGAAGGAAGGGCCCAGAGCUACCGUACUGCCGGCAAGCCACCCAGAGGACGGGCAGUAGCAUGAGUUUGAAGGGUAUUUUUUAAAAAAAGAAUGGAUUGGAAUGCAUCGUCGUGCUAAAGAAGUUACGAUCUUCGCAGCAAAGGCAAAGUCGACCGAUAUCAGCCAACUCACCCAGCUCAAUCUUUACGGUUGCUGUUUUUUGACCUGCACCCAGCUAGCUACUGUAUCUUGACACAAACAAACCAUCCAAGUGAGCCGCUAGCCAAGUUUCCCCACCAGUAAACCGAUGCUGUUAAAAUAGUGUGCUUUGAAUACAGUAUUGUACCGU